AAACAUUAAAGUGGAACAUGGUAGUGUUCUGUAAUACAAAGCUUCACAAUUUGUGGUUUGCUUGCUUAUGAAAUAGUAGCUGUUUGACCUUAGGGUCAGAUUUAACAUUUGUUCCUUAUAUUCCUCUAGAGUACAAGCCAUAUUUCCAACUCCUGAUCCUGCAGCACUGAAAGAUAGGCGUAUGGCGAAUCUUGUCUCCUAUGCUCGGAAAGUUGAAGGGGACAUGUAUGAAUCUGCAAAUAGCAGGGCAGAGUACUAUCACUUACUAGCAGAGAAAAUUUAUAAAAUCCAGAAGGAAUUGGAGGAAAAGAGAAGGACUAGAUUGCAGAGGCAAAAUAUGAUACCAAAUGCCCCAGUCAUGCCACCGGCUCCUAUGAGUCAAGGACCCAUGGGGCAGCCACAGCCUGGAAUGACAGCAAAUGGUCCUCUUCCUGACCCAAAUAUGAUCCGUUCCAAUGUGCCAAACCAAAUGGUAAAUCGCAUGCAGACACCACCAG